AUGGCGCAUCUUCCCACGCUCAAGAGGCUGAAAGCCCGCGGUGACGUCAUCACGAUCACCGGAGUGCAGUACGACGCGGACCAAGGCUGCAGCAGCACUAGAAAUACAACCAUCACGACGAGUGACACACCAGCAGCAAGCAUAGCAGGGAUCGGGCUUACGUACAAGACUUCGAGUGACGACAAGAUCAUGCCGUGGUCACGGGUGAUCCAAACACUUGCAGGAAACAAGUGGACCACAGUGACUCUGCUGGCGAGCUUCCUCAACUUUACGCGAGUCGACUCCAUCGUGUAUGCCUGCUACGACUGCGAUGGGCCGGCCAGCCGCAACCCUGUCACGCGCGAGCUCUUCUGCGACCAGGGCUGCAAACCGGGGCCGCUCGACGACGCGUGCGUGGAGGUCACCGUCACAGCCGACGUCCGCAUCGACGCCGGACCGGACACGAUGUCGAUGAAAAUCUGGCCCAACGAAUUCGCACUCGUCAUCGGCACCCACAUCGAGAGCUUCUGUGUGAAACCGCCGGCUGAACAACUGGAGAAUCUAAACACGCGCCUCAAGAAUCGCAGCUUCGCGAUGCACGUACGCAUCCGCGAGAACCCCAACACGCGCUUUAGUCAGUUCCAAGCAAACGUAAUCGGUCUCGACCUGCCACCGCAGUCCGGCUUCUUCAGCAAGAAAUGUAAGAUUGAAUAG